AUGUCUGCAAGAAGCCGCCUCUUCUACGAUGCCAACAACCCUGUCAUGCUCUGCCCCGAGGAAAUCGUGCGGCUGACGCUGUCGGACGUGCAAGCCGCGAGCGACCAGAUCGACCAAAACAUGGUCCUGCUGCUGCAACGCAUCGAGGAGAACUUUGACAAGUGCAACCAGGUCGUCAUCGGGCGCAUUCUCCCCGCCGUCCAACAACAUGGCGAAAACAGUCGUCGCAUCUACGAGUCCGUGAAGGUGAGCCGUCCUUUCCCGGCGACGCGUCGGUUGGGUCUGUAGAGCACCGCCAGCUCGCAUAGUUGACCGCGUAUCGAUCAUCUCGCACGACAGUUUUGGCGCCCCUUCUUCGAAAACGCGGCGAGGAUUAAGCUCACCGAUCCCUUCCUGUACGACGACGAAUCGGCGAGCCAAGACGAUAGUCUGUCGCAACGAGCGGCGGAUCAGUCGCUUUCCUUCGACGAAGGCGCCUCGGCAGUCUCGGCCGAGUCGUCGAAUCAUGCUACGCCCCGAGCACCUCAAGCUACGACCUCCACGGCGAAAGCCUCGGCGCCAGCUCAUCUCAAGAAGGAAAAGGCCGUCCUCAGCGACGACAUGUCGCCAUUUCAGUCACUGCAGGCCGAUCUUCACAAAGUGCGACCGAGUACCACGACGAUCGGGGUUGAUCACCUCUCGAGCGGCGUCCAACGGGUGCGAUUAGGUGAUCUACCCCCCGACUCCCCCGAUGUGCCGACACCCGAGUGGGAAACGGCCACUGUGGGGUUCAAGACCGUGGCCGAGACGGUGCUGGAAGCGCCUUCCCCAUCCAUGUCGUCGAUUCAUUUUGAAACGACCUCACCGGAAACGCUGCGCAAGCUCAAACAACCUUUGCAUCACCACUCGGCGUCCCCGACUCCGGCCAACUCGACGGCCGCUUCACAAAACCACCCCGCUUUGUUGGAAAAGAUCUUGAGGAAGAACAUCGGCUCGCCUGGGCCGUCGUCGUCGACGCCCGGACGCGGCAAGGCACGCUUGGUGAGGCCGACGGACGUACCGCGCGACUGGGAUGGGUUGGUCGAUCUCUCCAACACCUCACUGGCUGCAUUCGCGUCUCCGAUCAAGCGGCAGGGCGACAUGGCCAACGAGUCUGGUUGGGAUGCACCCGUCGAUCGCGUCGCGGCGAGCAAGACCUCGUCCCCGGCACCUCUUGGCAACCGUUCCCUGGCUUCUCUGAACCUCUUGUCGCCGGCGCCGUCCCGAGUACCGGCAAAGCAAGCGGCGCAGCGGAUGACGAACACCGUCUACUCGGCCCUGCACGACUCCCCUCUAGAGCCACCUUUGAUCAUGAGAGAGUACACCGCUCGGCUUAUGAUGGGCGAGGACCUACCUGCGCCGAGCCCGAGUGAAGGAUCGCGUCGGGGCUUCGAAGAAGAAGCGCUCGAGGACGAGGGGGACAGUCUGGAUUUGUCCAAGCCGUUCGGAACGACUCGACUGGGUAAAGGGACCUUGCUCGCUGAAUUUGGAGGGGGUACGACUGCGCGGAUCGAUGAUUUACUCAACGAGACCAGUUUCGCGCGGAUCGUCGAUGAUGGCGAUGACUUUGGGACGCAGCGUGUCAGCAUUCAGGACGAUUCGUUCACGGAUGAUUUACCGACGAGUGGGCCUGUAGCAUCCCUAUCCAAAGCUGCACCACCCGCUGCGGCCCCCUUUGCGCUUCAUGGGCAACGUAGGGAUGCGUUCAAUGCUCCAGGACGAAGUGCGCCGAACGCCAACGCCAUUCAAGGCCUCGAUGGACGAGAAGACACCUUGUUCGGGAUGCGACCUGCUGCGGCGCCCGUAGCGGAUCAGUCCAUUGCCGACGAGGACGAUAGCUUCGCCGCGGGCUUGGGAGCGACCCAAAAUUUCCGCAUGCUUGGUCCGGACAACUUGGAUACGCUGCAUGGUGGUGUACUGCUUGAGAGCGAGCCGUUCGAGUCGAGUCCGCUCGCGAAUCGGGAUCGGAAUUAUUGA